ACAUACCGUCAUCAGUCGGGACGAUUCUUUGGGGCAGUAUGUAAACUUUCCUCAGAGAUAAUGCCAGGCGCUCGCGUGAAUGAUUUGGUUCGAUGAGGCUCAAGUUUAAUCAGUUUUAUUUGUGAACUCGACGAAGACGGACUUGGGCGGUUCCGUUAGAAGACUUGCGAUGGCGAAAUUCUACAAAAUCUGGAUUGUUGCACUGGCGGCGAUAUGGCUUUCGGCUGACCCGGCACAAGCUUUUCUUUGCAUGUGUUCGCCAAACAGUUGCGUGUUGAUCCACCCGAAUACGGAUUUCUUUGAGAAUGCUGAAAGCUUCUGUUCGGCGUUCCGCACCGAGGCGCAUGAUAUCUCGAUCAUCAAGCUGAUGGACACGACGUUGUCGUCGAAUGCGUUUCAGAAGUUCCCGAACAUGACCGCACUGGAGAUAUUCCAAGGACAGCUGGAGUCGUUCAGCUCCGAUACGUUCAGCGGUGCGGAGAAGCUGCUGAAACUGCUGAUAAGGGGGAAUAAUCUGUCGAGUCUGGAGGAUUACAGCUUCAAGGGAGCGGACAACCUGCGGGAUUUGAUGAUUUCGUCGAAUCCGUUGAACAAAAUCUCGGAGAAUGCGUUUGCCAACUUGAAGAACUUGGAGAUUUUGAUUCUGGCGCAUGGUGAGCUUACCGCGCUGCCGAAGAAUUUGUUCCAGAACAAUCGCAUGCUGAAGAUGAUCUCGUUGAGCAGCAACAAGAUCGCAUCGAUUGAUGAGGAAGUGUUCAAAGGACUCGAUGACCUUGCGAAGCUAGAGCUGGGAGAUAACCAGCUGACAUCGUUUGAUUUUAGAUUCCUGAAAGCGGGUGUUGUGGUUGUGAACAACAACAGUUUGCAACACCUGGUGAUUAAUGAUCACUGCAGUUCAAUGUACGCGAGCAACAAUCAGAUCGAAACGAUCAGCGUCGGUAGUGGAGCAAAUGUGAACAAGUUGGUGCUGCUGCACAACCGUAUUCGGGACAUUAGCAACAUCACAAAGCUGGUUAACCUGACCAGUUUGUCAUUGGGUAGCAACAACUUGGAGCCAAACUCGGUGUUCAACAAGUUGUCAGCUUUGGAGGAACUGAUGCUCCAGUCAACGUACAUCAACCUUACUGCGGAAACGUUCGCCAAUUUGACAAAUCUCAAGAUCCUCGAUCUAUCGUACAACAAUCUCACUGAGGUGGACUUUAAGAUCUUCAGCAAACCAAACGUGAUCCAAAUCUUAAGUUACGUUGGAAACCGAAUCAAGAGCUUCAACUACCUGGAAGCGCGGGAGUUUCUGCCGCGACUGCGAGUUCUGGAAAUCUGCAAGAACGGCUGGAACAACACCUUUUUCGAAACGAACAUCUUGCGCAUGAAGCGAUUCCAGAUCAGUCCGGACAUUCACGGAUUUGCGUCGCACUUUUUGUUCCGCGACGAGUACGUCAACAUGUGCUCCGAGCGGCUGGUCGACGACUACGCGUACGAGGAAUACGCCGAACCUCCGCCGGACAACUACGUUGAGGACGAAAUUAAGGAAUCCUACCCUAAGGAGCUGACGACGACCCGGACUACAACAACCACCACCACUACGACGACCACGACGACCACAACACCAGCGCCAACUUCCACCCAGCGGUCGACCUCAACGGAACGGGCCAACUCCGCGCCGCAUCACAUCGCCGAGCACAACACGAACACCACGGCCGGAUUGAUCGCUGCCAAGGAGAACACGGCGGAGAAAGCCUCGCCGUUCUUCAUCACCUUCCAGGUGCUGGUGUACAUCCUGUCCGUCGUUGGACUCGUAGCGCUCGGUGCCGUAGCGUACCUGUGGAAGAAGCGGCAACUGGACGUGAGGACCUUGACGUCCGAUUCCGGGUCGACCGAUGCCGUCAGGCUGAUCUAGGAGGUUGUAGUGUGAGUUGGGAGUGUAUUUUCGUGGGGAGCGGAGAAAUUGGAACAGCCAGUGCUGGUGAUAAUCAAGUGUAAACAAUCGUAAUCUCCGAAGAAAGACGAGCGAAAGUGAGUGGCAGCGUCCCAACGUGGGACUUGGGUUAGGUUUGAACGAAGAACAGCAAGUUUCUGGAAGCAUUGGAACACGUUGCUUGUGGGGAAGGCGCAGUAUCGCCAAGGGUAGUUCGGUUAAAUGUUUUGAAUUUCAUUAUCUGUACAAAAGAAUUUACGUGUUGCGAAAUGAAUAAAUGUGGUUUAUAGUGAAAUCAA